UUCUCUUAAAUGGAGUUAGAAAAGAGUUUUAAUGCAUAGUUAGUUAUGUGAACGGAAUAAAUUUGUAUGCUCACGCAAAAAUAACUAUGGUUUCUGUAUUGUAUGGCCCUGCAACCUUUGCCCAAUUGGACAUUAACAAAAAGUUUCGGCUACGUAAUAAUUUGGCAGGUCUGUAUCAUUUUAUUUAUUAGGUUCUAAUAUUUCUCUUAAAUGGAGAAAUAAAUUUGGAAAGAUUGAAAUUAAUAUGGAUAUAGUUAAUACUAGUAUGAUAAUUUGUUUGUUAUUUCACUCGAGGAAAAAAAACGGAUGUGGUCUUGCAGCCCGUCUUACAAGAAUAUACAUUUUUUUUUCUUUUUAAUGAGAUAAGACCAAAUCUCCACGAAUAUGCACUUUCUAAAUUUGUAAAUUAUUUUUUCUCUUUAAUGAGAUAAGACCCAAUUUCCACGGAACACUUUAAUCAUACUAUUUUUUCUACUUUAUUUUUAUUUUACUAAUUGUACAUUAGAGCCCGUGUUAAUUAAAAGUGCAUAUUUUUGUGAGAUGGAGAGAGCGUAAUACGCGUAAUUUAAUCUUCGCAAUCAAUAAGUAGUCGAAAUUUAUUUAUUGUCCGCAUUGAAACACACCACACCUUAGAUAUAAAUGAUCAUUUUAUAAUUCCCCUUUAGUCACAUCAAACUGGCCGACUCAAUUAGAGCCAGUGUUAAUUAAAAGUGCAUAUUUUUGUAAGAUGAAGAGAGCUUAGUACGUAUAAUUUAAUCUUCGCAAUCAAUAAGUAGCCGAAAUUUAUUUAUGGUCCGCAUUGAAACAUAGCACAUGUUAGAUAUAAAUGAUCAUUUUAUAAUUCCCCUUUAGUCAAUCAAAGUGGCCGACUCAAUUUGGAAUUAUUUAAAUCUAGUGAGCGCUACAUAAAUUUCUGGUCCGCAUUAAAAACACAGCACACCGUAGAUAUAAAUGAUCAUUUUAUAAUUCCCCUUUAAUCACAUCAAACAUGAAAGUGGCCGACUCAAUUUGGAAUCAUUUAAAUCUAGUUAGCACUACACUCAAAUGUCAAAUAUAUUUUUCAAAUAGUAAGCAUGGAAGCCCAACAAAUAUGUUGUUGAUUGCUAGCGCACUUGUUGUAGCAACCUCACUCUACAUUUUGUUCCGUAAGUUUAUCUCAAAAUUGAGCCCCACUAGCCACCCUCUGCCCCCGGGACCGAGGGGGUUUCCAGUGGUGGGCGCCCUCCCCUUGCUGGGCGACAUGCCACAUGUCGCCCUAGCAAAAAUGGCCAAAACUUACGGCCCGAUCAUGUACCUGAAAAUGGGCACGGCCAGCAUGGUCGUGGCGUCCACGCCAGACUCAGCGCAGGCGUUCCUAAAAAUCCACGACGCUAACUUCUUGAACCGGCCGGUCAACGCGGGUGCCACCAUCAUGGCGUACAACGCCCAGGACAUGGUGUUUGCCCCGUACGGCCCCAGGUGGAGACUGGUCAGGAAGCUGAGCAGUCUCCACAUGCUGGGGAGCAAAGCCCUGGAGGAGUGGGCCGACGUCAGGGCCUCGGAGGUGGGGCACAUGCUGGCGGCAAUGCAGGAGGCCAGCCGUGCGGGCGAGGCCGUGGGGAUGCCGGAGAUGCUGGUGUACGCGACCGCGAACAUGAUCGGGCAGGUGAUAUCGAGCCGGAGGGUUUUCGUGACGAAAGGGAAGGAGAUGAAUGAGUUCAAGGAAAUGGUGGUGGAGCUCAUGACCACAGCUGGCUAUUUCAACAUUGGUGAUUUCAUUCCAUGGCUUGCUUGGAUGGAUUUGCAGGGGAUUGAGAGAGGGAUGAAGAAGCUGCACAAGAAGUGGGACCACUUGCUCAGUAAGAUGUUGGAUGAUCGAUUGAAAUCAACCUACAAAAGCAACGACAAGCCUGAUCUUCUUGAUUCCCUCUUGGCAAAUCAUGAUGAUGAGACUAAGGCUGAUGGUGAGGAUUGCAAGCUCACCACCACCAAUAUCAAAGCCCUUAUACUGAAUCUAUUCGUUGCAGGGACAGACACAUCGUCUAGUACAAUAGAAUGGGCAUUAGCAGAGAUGAUCAAGAAUCCGAGCAUCCAAAAAAGGGCUCACCAAGAGAUGGACAGAGUCAUCGGGAGAGAGCGGCGUUUGCUCGAAUCCGACAUCUCGAAUCUGCCAUACCUCAAGGCCAUAUGCAAAGAGGCAUACCGAAAACACCCUUCUACGCCGCUAAACCUGCCUCGGAUCUCCACGGAUGCAUGCGUCGUUGAUGGCUACCACAUCCCCAAGAACACGACGUUGAGCGUCAACAUCUGGGCCAUAGGCCGAGAUCCCGACGUUUGGGAGAAUCCCCUUGACUUCAACCCUGACAGGUUUCUGUCAGGGGGGUUGCAGGGGAUUGAGCCGGGAGGGAAUCACUUUGAGCUGAUUCCCUUUGGGGCGGGGCGCAGGAUCUGCGCCGGGAGUAGAAUGGGGAUUGUAAUAGUGGAGUAUUUGCUGGCGACGCUCAUGCACUCUUUCGAAUGGGAUUUGCCGGCCGGGUCAGCAGAGAUGGACAUGGAGGAGGUGUUCGGGCUUGCCUUGCAGAAAGCUGUACCACUUACUGCUAGGCUCACUCCUAGGUUGCCUUCACAUUGCUAUGCGCCUCCUCCUAUUUAAUAUUUACAUUUAGCCUUUGCAUAUGUUGUAUCCAACCUAUCUCAUUACUUGUGCAUGAAAUUGAAAAAAAAUUAAAAAAAAUAGGAUAGUGAGUUUGGUAUGCUGCUUAACUUUGUGAUUAUGGCACAGAUUAAUCAUUUUUUUUAUGCUGGCAAAUGAAUGUAGUCCCAAAUGUUUCUAUU